AUGGGGUUGGGGGACUUCCCGUCUGGGAACGAAAGGCCAUCACCUUCCUCGUUAUGCAAUGAUUCACUUCCAACCGUCAUAACAACACGCUUGAGCCAUGACAGAUCUAUCGAAGACGACCGUACUAGCGAGGGAAUCUAUGAUCUGGCUCGGAAACUCACUGCUCAAUCUCAUUGCGCUCCCGGAGCUCUCUUUCAAGUCCCAGCUGAUGGCCCGCUCAAUCCGAACAGCCCAGAUUUUGACGCUAGAAAAUGGACAAGGUCAUUUUUCGAAAGCAGGAGGAACGCCCUCAAUAACAACCCACCGAAGACGGCCGGCGUGGCGUUCAAAAAUCUUGACGUCUAUGGAUACGGUACCGAAAUGGACUUUCAGAAAACCGUUGGAAACAUCUUCCUCCAAGCUGGCACUAUGACCGGGAAAAUGUUACGCAAACGUCAGCACCGGGUCGACAUACUACGCAACUUGGAGGGUGUUGUACACAAUGGUGAAAUGGUGGCUGUCCUUGGUCCUCCCGGCUCUGGAUGCUCGACCUUCCUGAAGACCAUCGCCGGCGAUACGCACGGGUUUUACGUGGCAGACAAUGCGACUAUUAAUUACCAAGGUAUCAAUCCCAAGCAGAUGCAAUCUGAUUUUCGAGGAGAGGCCAUAUAUACCGCCGAGGUUGACCAUCACUUCCCUCAAAUGACGGUUGGCGAUACUCUCUAUUUUGCAGCCAGAGCCCGGUGCCCCAAGAACAUCCCCGACGGAAUCUCUCGACACGAAUAUGCCGAACACCUUCGAGAUGUGAUAAUGGCAAUGGUUGGAAUUUCCCACACCAAGAACACUCGCGUGGGUGAUGACUUUGUUCGAGGUGUUAGUGGCGGCGAGAGGAAAAGGGUCACAAUCGCUGAAGCUAGUUUGAGCUAUUCGCCGCUUCAAUGCUGGGAUAACAGUACUCGUGGACUCGACAGUGCAAAUGCCGUGGAAUUCUGUCGCACUCUUCGGACGCAAGCUGAUCACAUGGGGUGUACCUCUUUUGUUGCCAUUUACCAAGCGCCUCAAGACGCAUACGAUAUCUUCGACAAAGUUAUACUUCUCUACCAAGGCCGACAGAUAUUUUUUGGAAAAGCUAGCGAAGCGAAACCGUAUUUCGAGGACCUUGGCUUUGUCUGUCCUGAGCAGCAGACGACGGCAGACUUCUUGACCUCCAUGACGAGCCCUCAGGAGCGCAUAAUUCGACCUGGCUGUGAGCACAGCGCUCCCCGAUCGCCAGACGAAUUUUCCGUGGCUUGGAGGGAGAGUCGGCACCGGAAAAGGCUGAUGGAGGAAGUGGAAGCUUACUUACAGGCUCAUCCGUUCCAUGGGGAGGACUAUGAUAAGUUCCUCGAGUUGAGAUGCCAGGAUCAAUCUAAAUUCCAACGCAAACGGUCCCCAUUCACACUGUCCUAUAUAGAACAACUGUGCCUCAACAUGUGGCGAGGCUUCGUGUUGCUCAAGACAGAUCCAAGUCUCACGAUCACUAUGCUGGUUUCUAACUUCUCCGAAGCUCUCAUCAUCAGCAGCAUUUUCUAUAACUUGCAACCCACCACGGACACUUUUGACAAACGAGGCCUUCUAAUCUUUUUUAUUAUCUUGAUGAACGCUUUUGGCAGCAUACUCGAAAUCAUGACCCUGUAUGCGAAACGAAAAAUCGUCGAGAAACAUAGCCGGUAUGCCUUCUAUCACCCGAGUGCUGAAGCAUUUGCAUCUAUGAUUGUGGACCUGCCUUAUAAAAUAGUCAACGCUAUCAUGAUCAAUACGGUUUUGUACUUCAUGACAAAUCUCCGUCGCGAAGCAGGUGCCUAUUUUUUCUUCCUGUUGAUCAGCUUCACCACAACGCUUGUCAUGUCGAUGAUGUUUCGCUUGAUUGGGUCUACGACCAAGUCAAUCGCUCAAGCCUUGGCUCCCUCGUCGGUUAUCCUUCUUGGUCUUGUCUUGUAUACGGGCUACGCCAUUCCUCCAGCAUACAUGCGAGAUUGGAUUGGCUGGGCUCGAUGGGCGAACCCAAUUUAUUACACUCUCGAGGCCGCUUUGAUCAACGAGUUCAACGGGCGCGACUUUACCUGCUCGACAUUUGUGCCACAAGGAGCUGGUUACGAAUCCGUAGCGUCAAGUACACGGGCAUGUUCGCAACAGGGUGCGAUUCCAGGACAAGACGUUGUGAGCGGUACGACGUACCUGGAUGUUGCUUAUGGCUAUAAACCUUCUCAUCGCUGGCGCAACUUUGGGAUACUGAUAGCCUUUAUGCUUGGAUAUAUGAUGCUUCACUUGCUGGCUACCGAGUUUAUUGCUUCCGAGCGGUCCAAGGGAGAAGUCCUCUUGUUCAGCCGGGAGGUCGUUAGCAAACAUAAACGCCAACAACAACAAGACAUUGAGAAGACCGAAGCAGUUGAACCCGUCAGAGAAGAGGCCGUACGCAAAGAUGAAGUAGUCGAUGUCGAAAAGCAAAAAUCUACGUUUCACUGGCGGAAUCUAUGUUACGACAUCAAGAUCAAGGGUGAGCCUCGCAGGAUCCUGGACCAUGUUGAUGGUUGGACCAAACCUGGUACUCUCACAGCUCUAAUGGGAGCGUCUGGCGCCGGCAAGACUACCUUGCUCGAUGUACUCGCUAGCCGAGUCACCAUGGGAGUUGUCACUGGCGAAAUGCUUGUCGAUGGCCAACCUCGUGAUGAAUCAUUUCAGCGAAAGACUGGUUAUGUUCAACAGCAAGACUUGCACCUUCACACUGCAACCGUUCGUGAGGCUCUCAAUUUCAGCGCCCUCCUUCGACAGCCUCCACGGUACUCCCAGCAAGAGAAGCUCGAGUAUGUGAAUACAGUGAUCAGUCUUCUCAACAUGGAGGAAUACUCCGAUGCUUUUAUUGGUGUUCCUGGUGAGGGUCUCAAUGUCGAGCAACGUAAGCGACUAACCAUCGGGGUCGAACUCGCCGCUCGACCAGAACUCCUUCUCUUCCUCGACGAACCGACUUCCGGACUCGACAGUCAGACAUCUUGGUCAAUUUGUAACUUGAUGGAGAAGCUCACCAAAAAUGGACAAGCUAUCCUCUGUACCAUUCACCAACCAUCUGCAAUGCUUUUCCAGAGAUUCGACCGGUUAUUACUGCUCUCUAAGGGUAGGACAAUUUAUUUCGGUGACGUUGGAAAGGAUUCGCAAGUGCUGGUUGAUUAUUUCACACGCAACGGCGCACAUUCGAGGCCUCCGGGAGCUAAUCCGGCUGAGUACAUGCUUGAGGUUAUUGGUGCCGCCCCUGGUGCUCACACGGAGAUUGACUGGCCGGGGAUCUGGAGAAAUAGCCCUGAGUACCGUGGCGUACAAGCUGAACUAGACGAGCUUAUGAUAAUUUCGAAUUCGAAUCAAAAGCAGGGAAGCGAUGACCCCUCUGCUUAUCAAGAAUUCGCAGCGCCAGCAAAUGACCAGUUUCUCGAGGUGACGAAGCGCGUCUUCCAGCAAUACUGGAGAACCCCGUCUUACAUUUACUCCAAGGCUCUUCUCGGCAUUGGCUCGACACUUUUCAUAGGGCUAUCCUUCCUGAAUGCAGAGAACACCCAACGUGGUCUUCGAAACCAAAUGCUUGGUAUAUUCAUUUUUCUGGCUACUUUCCCUCAGCUGGUCAAUCAAAUUCUUCCGGUGUUUGUUUCUCAGCGGACCAUGUACGAGGCACGGGAGCGUCCGUCUAAGGCCUACUCGUGGAAGGCAUUUAUGAUCGCGAACAUUCUGGUGGAACUUGCUUGGAAUUCCCUCGUGGGAGUUUUCUGUUUCGUUACCUGGUAUUUCCCAAUGGGCCUCUAUCGCAACGCAGAGUGGACGAACCAGGUCCAUUCCCGGGGUAUCACUAUGUUCUUGCAUGUGUGGAUGUUUUUCCUGCUUACGAGCACCUUUGCAAACAUGGUAAUUGCUGCCAUCGAAAGUGCCGAUGUUGCCGGUGGUAUAGUGAACUUGCUCAUGAUUCUCAUGUUCGCAUUUUGCGGCGUCCUCGCUGGCCCAAUAGAACUCCCUGGUUUUUGGAUCUUCAUGUACCGCGUCAAUCCAUUCACUUACGUCGUCGAAGGCUUCCUCGGUACAUCGCUCGCAAAUGCACCCGUCCAAUGCAGCUCAGAUGAAUUCAUUACCUUCAACGCGCCAAAUUUCACAACAUGUGGCAAUUAUCUAUCUGACUACUUGUCUCAAGCAGGUGGCUAUCUCGAUAACCUAAACAGCACGGAAUGUCGAUACUGUUCCAUGAACGAUACGAAUGGGUUUUUAUCGUCGAUUAACGUCAGCUUUGACAAUCGGUGGCGGGACUUUGGGUUUAUGUGGGCUUACUGUGUGUUUAAUAUCGGGGUUGCUGUGCUGUUGUAUUGGUUGGUGCGCGUGCCGAAGAGGAAAUCUGGUUAG